CCCAGAAGCCUCAGCCGCUGUGAACAACGACGAGGCAUCCUGGGAGCUGAAGUCCAAAAUCCGUGGAGGCCCCCAGGGAAACGAUUGGUUGUGGGCAGACGGUGGAGGCACGUCACGGAGGGCGCUUGGCUAUGACGCAAAACACCCGCGACGGGCAGUGCUGAGGUGUGGCGGAGAGGGCCUUUCCUCCGCGGUGCCAUGGCAACCUCGUCUCCGGCGGGGGGGGCGGCAGCAGCGGGGCCGGGGGCCGGCGGUGGGCCAGGAGGAGCUGCGCCGGCUGAUGCGCGCCAAGCAGCGCGAGACGGCGGCUGCGGCGGGGAAGAAGAAGAAAGUCGACUCGCCCUUCGCCAGAUAUAACAGUUUGGGGAACCUCAGCUGCUCUCUGUGCAAUGCCUCUGUGAAGAGUGAACUGUUGUGGCAAACACAUGUUCUUGGGAAGCAGCAUAAGGAGAAACUCGAACAGGUGAAAGGUCUUAAGCAGUCAUUAGCUGGGCCCAUUCCGAACACCUCAUCUUCUCUCAAAAGGAAAACUACAAAUACAGAAUCUCCAGAACGGAAGAAAGCAAAAGAUCCUAGUGACCAUGCACAAGUUGUCCCCUCUGGGCUGCCAAAAGACUUUUUUAGCCAAACUGAACAAGUAGAAGGGGAAAAGCCCUCUUCAAAAGCUUCAAGUCAUCACUUACUAUUAGAAGAUUAUGGAGAGGAAGACGAAAAUGCAGAUGAGACACCAAAAGAAGUCAGUGACAGUAGCAGCCAACCUUCUUUGCAAUCCGUAGCACAGGAUACAGUAACUGAAGCCUCUUCUCAAAAAUCAGAGGCUGUUACUACUUUGUCAUCAGAUGGAGUAGAUAACAGAGCUUUGGCUUCAUCUCUAGUCUUCCAUUCUGGAUCUAUACAGAAAGCAGAAACACAAGAAAAGAUUGUGGAAAGGAGAGAAAACACCGCAGAGGCCUUGCCAGAAGGAUUUUUUGAUGAUCCUGAAGUGGAUGCAAAAGUGCGAAAAGUUGACGCACCGAAGGAUCAAAUGGACAAAGAAUGGGAUGAAUUUCAGAAAGCCAUACGACAAGUCAAUACCAUUUCAGAAGCUAUAGUAGCAGAGGAAGAUGAAGAAGGGCGACUUGACCGUCAGAUUGGAGAAAUUGAUGAGCAGAUUGAAUGUUUCCGUCGUGUUGAACAAUUGCGUGACCGCCAGGAAAUAAUGAAAGAUAAACUGAAAGAAGUCAUGAGGUUCAGAGCUGCACAGGCAAAGGAAGAGGACGAUAUUGGCAGUGACGGUGAAUUGCAGGACCUGCUUUCUCAGGAUUGGAGGGCAAAAGGAACUCUGUUGUAGCUGGCUUGAGACAGAAAUUGAUCUCCUGCUCUGUGGUAGUGUUCGACUUUUUAUCAUACACCACAAUUUUGUAAAUAUUUGUUUAAUGAACUUGGAAGAUAAUGAAACAGAUUGUAAAAAGGUUUAAGAACAAAUAAGUUGUAAAUUAUCAAAUUGCAAAGUCAUUUUUAUAAAGAGAAGUAUUGUUUUCCCAUCUAAACCCAUAGUUGUGUCUUGCAGGUUGUCAUGUAUCAUGUCUAUCUUUUUAAAAUAUCAAUUAAAAUGUGUGUAUGUUCGUAAUGGGGAGGUGCACACAUAAUGAAGUGCGAAUCAAGCAUUUGAUAACAGGCUCAGCCAGUGGUUCCAUUAUUGUGGGGGAGGAGAAGGCUCCUCUACCUGGUUUUAAUGGUAGCCUCUUAUACAGUUCCUCUAGGUAUUUUGGAAACUAUUCUGAUACUAAACCUAUACUGAGAAUAGGAUUCAGCAUUUGCGUAGCUUGUAUUAAUACCUGCAUGCCAUGUGGAGAACACUUCUGUUAAAACCAGGUGGAGUUGCUUCCAUUUCCCCCUCCCUCCUCAAAAUACUAGAAACACUAUUAUGCUUCAGUGUUAGGCAGGAAUAUAAUAUUGGAUUGGUAAUAAAAGGUCUGCUGUAUAGAUGUUUGCCAAUUCCAGAGAAACUCAGCUCCAUGUCUUAUCCCAAAUCAUUCCUCAGUUUGAAAAAUACAUUUUCACAGGGAAAUUUCUACCUGUUUUGUUAUUUCUAUAUGUAUAUUAACUUAUUAAUUCCUAGUAAAACAUGUAUCAUGUA